AUGAUUUCAUCUUGUCCUGUGGCUCUUGAAAUCUUGAUGAACAUGGAUGCUCACACCCCUUCCAAAAGAAAGGUGGAUGAUCUCCAACAAGACUUGCUGCGUCUGCGAAAAGAGAAUGAAGCUCUGAGAUUCUUGCUUCAAGCUAUGGCCACCAAAUGCAACACACUUGAGCAGCUUAUCCGAGAGAAAAACAUUGAACGACGUGAUCAGUUUCCGGUUGCCCAGAAGACGACACAGUUUCUUGUGAGAACCGACUCCAAAGACAACACCCUAAUUGUGAAAGAUGGGUAUCAAUGGAGGAAAUACGGACAGAAGGUUACGAAAGACAACCCAUCAUCCCCUCGAGCUUAUUUCAAGUGUUCCUUGGCUCCUCGAUGUCCGGUCAAGAAGAAGGUGCAGAGAUGCAUGGUGGAUAAGUCUGUUCUUGUGGCAACAUAUGAAGGAGAGCACAACCAUGACGCCAUCAAUGGCUCACCACUUGGACAAUUUUGCUGUUCAUCAUCCACAGCUGAUCAUAAUAAUAAUAUUAUUAUUAAUCCUAUUAAUUUUCCAUCGCAUGGUAUCUCAGCAAAUAUUAAUAAUAAUGAUGUCAUAAAUAUUGGUAGCCCUUCGAAUUCUUCUCGGCCGGUGCCUAUCACCCUUGAUCUGACACUCUCGGGAUCCAUGAGCAAUCAAGAAAAUAAUGGAUCAGCUGGAAGCCCUCAAAACUCAUCAUCAUGUGCCCCGAACAUCAACCGUGAAAGUAGAAUUGAAGAUUACGUUGCUUAUUUAACCAAAGAUCAUAAUUUCACUCAAGCUUUGGCUGCUGCAGUUGCAAGCUCCAUUACAAGAACUUCUGCAGACACAGAAAACCAGUGA